GUACCCUAUAUAAGUGGGCACAUGGUCUGUUUGGGUACAGCUGCACACAGCAUCCUUAACACAGCAUCCUACAUUUCAACCAGAAGGACAGAGUGAAGACCACCUGUGUACUGACAUCAUGCCAGCAUUCGAAUCAUGCGAGAAAAACCGAGGCCGGCUGAACAUUCCACUUUCCUGCAGCAAUGGAGAGAACAGAAUCCUGCCUGAGUUUGAAGCAUUUCAAGAAGCAACACCUCGGGCCCCCAUGCCUUCAGGUUCAGCAAAUCUCAUUGUGAAGAAUAUCAGCAUGUAUGAGAAGACGAACAAGCUUCUCCAUCAUACUGAUGCGUAUCAUUACAGCAACCUGAUCAUCCGUCGGGGUCAAGAGUUCACCAUGGGCAUUGUCUUCAAUCGUCCAUUUAACCCAAAAAUUGACUUGUUCUUCAUUGAGUUCCUGAUUGGCAUAAAACCCAUCCGUACCCAAAAAACUCUAAUCAGCUUGACCCUUGGUGAAAAUAACGAGACCAAUGACUGGGAGGUGCGUGUGGUGGAGACCAGUAAAAAUGAGACUAAAGUGGCCAUCACACCAGCCGCUGACUGCAUUGUGGGUCUCUACAGCACAUAUGUGACCGUUAUAACCAAUUUGGGAAAAAAACGCUCACAAAGAAAUAAGAAGACAGACUUCUAUGUGCUGUUCAACCCCUGGGCGCCUACGGAUCAGGUUUACCUGGACAAUGAGGAUGAGAGGAAGGAGUAUGUGCUGAAUAAUGUGGGAAUGAUCUACAAUGGAGACUAUACUAAUAUCAACAGAAGGCCAUGGAACUAUGGGCAGUUUCAGAGCGGAGUUCUGGAAGCCUGCAUCUUCAUCCUGGAUUUUGGGAAAAUGCCCCUCCUGUACAGAGGAGAUGCUGUAAAAGUGUUUCGGAAAGCAUCAGCCAUGAUCAACUCUCUGGAUGAUGAUGGGGUCCUUGUAGGUAGCUGGGGUGGUGACUUCAGCAGUGGUACUGCGCCCACAGCCUGGACAGGCAGUGUGGAGAUUCUGACCAAUUACUUUUCAGAAGGAGGGAAGCCUGUCAAGUAUGGCCAAUGCUGGGUGUAUGCUGGAGUGUUCAACACAUUUCUACGGUGCCUUGGCCUUCCUGCGAGGGUGAUUACCAACUUCUGCUCCGCACAUGACAACAGUGGCAACCUGAUGACCGACAUUGUGCUGGACGAGGAUGGGAGUCUGGACAGAGAACUCUCAGACUCCAUCUGGAACUUUCACUGUUGGAACGAGGCGUAUGUGAAGAGGCGUGACAUACCUGAAAACUACUCAGGCUGGCAAGUGGUGGACGCCACCCCUCAGGAGAUCAGCGAGGGUUAUUACCGCUGUGGUCCUACAGCUGUGGUAGCCAUCAAAAAUGAAUCUCUGGGCUAUUCGUUUGAUGCAGGUUUUGUGUUUUCGGAGGUCAACAGUGAUGUGGUGUACCAUAAAAAAGACAAGUAUGGAAACAUGACGGUCAUCUACGUGGACAGCAACUAUGUAGGAAAGCUGGUUGUGACCAAAAUGAUUGGCUCCAACGAUUAUAAUGACAUCACAGCCAGUUACAAAUAUACUAAGAGAGUGUCACGACGGGAGGCCCUGAAACAAGAAAAGGCCAGUCCUUUGGACAGCUAUCAUUCUACACUGCCGGACACUGACGUGAAGCUGUGCACCCAGGCCACCAAAAACAACGAUGACCUAAUGUUGACCAUGAUUUUCAGCAACCUGAGCAAUGAGCCGCGCACCAUCACCACCAAAAUCACGGGCAAAGUGGAAUAUUACACCGGAGCCACUCGGACCCAGUACACCUUACUCACCCAAGAGGUGUCUCUAAAGCCUUUGGAAUAUAAGCAGGAGGUCAUCACUGUGAAAUCGGAACAGUACAAGAACUUCAUCAUAGGUCAGUCUUUCUUGAGCUUCAUUGUGUACGCCUUCAUCAAAGAGACCUCCAUGUCCCUCACCUCCAUGGAAUCGAUCUAUAUCACCACCCCGCCCCUUCUCCUUGAGGUGAGCAACACUCCACAAGUUGGAAAUGAAAUGUUUGCGAUUGUGGGCUUCACCAACACACUUGGCUACGACCUGACCAAUGUCACUGUGCGCAUGGAGGGACUAAACCUCUUUCCUUUGAAAACCAAAAACUACAGCAUCAUUGAACAAGGCUCUAAAAUAAAAUGGAUUGAGUCGUUCAAGCCUCAGAAGGCUGGCACCAUGACGCUGGUGGCCUGUUUGGAUUGUGCCUCUCUGAGAGAUGUGUGUGGACACCUGGAAAUCAUCAUACAGCCUUGAGACAUCAGAGAGAGAGAGAGAGAGAGAGAGAGAGAGAGAGAGAGAGUUUUUAUGUCUCAAUAUGUCUUUUUCUUCAAAAUGCUAUUAUUUCUAAUCACAAUAUUAAAGGUUCUGUAUUAAUCUAAAUGAAUAUUAAACCAAUUAAACAGGGAGAUUGCUUAAAGAAAACAAAAAAAAUAGUGAUUCAGAAAAUUCUGCAAAAUUACAUUGAAUUUGUUAUGACACCAAUUAAGCAAAUGAUGAAUUAGAAAUUACACUUGAUAUUAUACUUAAUCAAUUAAUUAAAAAGCUGUAUAAAUUCUUUUUUUUUCUUCUGUUUGAUUUGUACUAAUGCAUACUAACAAUAAAAUUCAUGUGCAAA